ACUUACGAUCGUAUUUAUCGACAUAAACAAAAGAGAAAGUUCUCUUCGUUUUGUUCUGAGUCAACUUAGGUACGGAUGGGGUUGAGUGAGUAAUGUCCACACCUCAUAAAUUAAAUGUGACUUUCUGGGACAUGACCAACAAGCCCAAUAACGGAUACGCCGCCAGAAUACCAGAAAUAAUUCAUGAAAAUCCAGUUCUUGAUCCGUUCUUAAAGCCCAUUCGACGAUUGCCGUUACGCAUAACGCUAGCUUCCGUUUUUUGCCUGCUAGCAUGUUGCUUGGAUGUCUCCCGCCUGGUAGGCAUAGCUCUCCCUUUUGCUGUCGUAGCGGGAGCCCACUUUUGGUACGCCAUCCUGCAUCGGAAUCGCCUGACCCCGGAGUUGACCCACGCUUGCUUAUGUGCAAGCAUAUUUGGGGAGAUUGUUAGCGGUCUUGCAGUUGAUGGAUUCGGGUGCCGAACCAUCAUCCACACGGGUUUCAUUCUUUUGCCCAGCUUGUUCAUCGGCUUGGAGCCAACCCUCUUCUUGCAUGCGGCUUGCAGACUGUUUCUGUGGGCUUGUCUUUGGUGGAUUCUUGAUCCCGCAAGAGCUGUGCUGUGUUAUGCCAGUGCACUGGUUGGCCUGGUGGCUGCGAAGUACAUGGAGACUUUGCUACUGGUACAGAUAUUAUCGGAUCUGAAACUGUCUACACCUAGAAGGCGGCGAACCUCUAACAACAACUUGUAUUGUGUCUACAAGGUGCGACGUACUUCUUUGCCGGCAUUAGGGGGAAGCAACAAGUCGUCCCACAUCGCAUUUGGAUUUCAG